AGGAAAGCCGUCGCGACCGUCAAUCGCCGAGCUGACUCGCAGGAUUGGCUUCCGCGAUUCACCUGUCUUCGGCCCGGAGCUGAUCCCGACCUUGCCGCAAGCAUGGCAGCAGAUGCCACCAAGAACGGCUCCGCCAAAAAGACGCGGUCGCCCAGGUCAUCCAAAACCCUCAGCAGCAUGAAGCCGCCACCAACAGUCCACAGCCCGAUCCUGAAGCCGUCGAGUAGGACAGCGUCAAGAUCCGGCGGCUUUCUGUCUCGGUUGUUGGGCUUGUCGAUGAGGUUGUUCGCCUGGUAUGCCAUCCUCACAGUACUCUUCCGGUGUCCGCCAUCCCUCGACCGGUGCACCGAGACGACACCAACCGUCUGCGUCGGCUAUUUUCAGCUUAAGCAAAUCGUUGUCCCCCACGUUGAGCCCUACUACAACACAUACGCUGCGCCCUAUUUGCAAACCGUCAGGCCCUACUAUGAAGCUGCCGAUCGUACUGUCCUAACUCCUGCGUGGGGCUAUGCUCAGAAGUAUGGCACCCCUGCCGUUGAGAAGGCACAGGUUGUUGGCAAGGCGCAGUGGGAGAAGAACGUACAGCCGCAUCUGAUUCGUUACCAAAAGCUGGCCCAAGCCAAGUAUGACGACACACUAUCACAGCACGUCAACAAGGCCCGAGAAACCUUGGGCCCGUACUAUGAGAUUGCGCGCACCAAUGCAUUACAGACAUACCACGACGUACUUCUGCCUACGUACCAGUAUGCUCAGCCUUACGUUCUUCAGGGUUAUGCCGCCGCCUCGACCUUCACGACGCGCCACGCUGUCCCCACUGCUAUAUGGGCAUGGAACAAAACCUACGCUUUCCUUGACGGCACGGUGUGGCCUCAGCUCCGCGUUCUCUACACGGAGGCGGUCGAGCCGCAGUUGGUAAAGAUCGGGAGGCGACUCGGCAGGUAUAACAGCACGGGCGCGACACAAAAAGCGUCGGAGACGGUCUCGAAAACGAUUGCCAACAAGGCUGCAUCCUCCUUCACCAAACCCACAAUCUCGUCAUCUUCCACCUACUCUGCCCCUCCUAUUAUCAGUUCAGCAAGCUCCUUUGUUAGCUCGGCCGCCUCUGUCGUCAGCGAUUCCAUCUCAUCCGCCAUAAAACCAGCGGCGACACAUUACUCUAAAUUCAGCGAGACCGCCGAGCAGGUCCAAGCUCCCGAGCCCGAUGAUGAUGAAGAGGAGAAGCGCCGCAUUGCACGCGAGACGGUUGCAGAGGAUCUUAAGGCUUGGCAGAUGAAGUACACCAAGGCAGCGGAUGAGGGUGCUGCCGAGAUUCAGGAGCGAGUCGGUGAGAUCGCCAAUCAGAUGGUGUCGCGUGAAAUACGUAUUCGGGGCGCAGGGCUGCUUCAAAGCCUGCAGGACACAAUCGUCUUUGAACUGGUUGCAAUCCGCGGCAAGAUUCACGAUGUGAUUAUUUCGGUUCAGAAGUCCCAGGCCACACCUGAGCAGGGCGAGGAACAAAUUCUCCAGAUAAUCCGCGCUUCUGGCCUUGAGAUCAAGAAGAAGGCCAAAGAUGUGCGAUCGUGGCAUGAGUCCUUUGACAUGGAUGUCCGCACCCAGGUUACGGCCGUUGCAGACAGCCAUUUCGAAAUUCUCGGGUCCAUUAAGGAUCUUGCGCUGCAAAAGAUUGGCAUGAAGUGGGCUUGGACGGAUGGUAUCACAUACAAGGACUGGGCCAAGUACCACCUACUCAGAAGCCGUUUCCAAGAAUGGGAGCAGGACAUGGAGAGGCUUGUGGUCUCACACCCGGGCCUGAUUGAGUGCCAAAACGAGGGACAGUCGAUUGAGGAUCGGGCCAUGGAGCUGGCCACCUCUGCCGCCAAGGAACUUGCUCGAUUGAAGCAGGUGGCCAUGUGGAAGCUUGCUGCUAUGGAUGACACGGAUGACUUUGACAGCGAGAGCACGCAGGCCACCUACGACGCCAAACAAAGAGCCAAGGCAGAAGAAGCUGCCACCCCGAAAGACCAAACGGAGGCAAGCAGUGCACAGCCAGCAGCUGUAGACAGCGACGUCGCAGAGAACCCUGAGAAGGUUCUCGAGAACGAGGCGUCAUCCUCUACCGGCAUCACCCCAGCCGAGGAUACUGACGUCGAGGACGCUGCUGCAGCUGAUGUAUCGAUCGACUCGUCGGCGGCCGCAGAGGCAGUUUCUUUGCUCAGUUCGGCUUUCUCAACUGCAUCGGAUGGCAUAGCAAGCGCCGUCGAAGAGGCCAACGCGGCUUCGCUGCCCUCUAGUGCAGGGUUCUCGGCCUACCGGGAAGAGAAGACACCUGUUGCCGAGCCGGAACCAGAACCGCUGGUCUCUGUGGAGGCUGUGCCGGCACUUCCUGAAAUAGCUGCCAACAUUAGCGAAACCACGAAGCCUGAGGCUGGAAAUGUAGAGGAGCCCGUGCCGAUCAAGCUUCCGGAAAGUGAGACCGCGACAGAUGCGAGGCCCGCCAAGGACGACAAGGUCAGCGAUGCAAUUGGCAAUGAGAACGAAGCCACCGGAAACAUCUUUGUCGAAGCUGCGGACCAAAAGGCUGACGAGGAGGCCUCGUCGCCACCUCCGAGUCAAAAGAUAGAGAGUGUCAAGCCGGCAAUGUUCGGUGCAGCUGCCCAAGCUGUCCCCAGCCGGAAGCCCAUCCUGGACGACGACACGGUGGAAUCGCUGAAGAAGCAGGGUGGGGAUAUACCUGCCACUCUGUCGUCUGUGGCUUCCUCGGCCUACUCAGUUGCCCUCUCUCGUGCAUCCGUUCAGUACGAGUCGGCUGUGAAGAUAAUCUCGGACAGCAUGCCCAGGGGCACAGCGCAGCCAAUGCAUGUGUCACUUUUGUCAUCUGUAUCGGACGCUUAUGGCAAGGCUGUCGCCUCUGCAAGUGCUCAUCUUGACGAGGCUAUCAAGUCAGCCGAGAGUUUGUAUGGUGCAGCAUCCAAGAAGGUUGCACCGACGCCUACGCCCACCCCUUAUCUCGACUGGACCGCCGUUGAGUCAAUUGCUGCCGAGCGCCUAAGCCAGGGUCGCAGUUGGGCCGAGGAACAGUAUUCCAGUGCCAAGGUGGCGAUCGGUGCCGCAACCCCAACACCUACUUCCCCGGUCGAGAGGUUGAUGCAGAACGCCCAAUACAACUACUACGCCGGCCUGGGCAUCGCCCAAGCCCGCUACACCGAGUUCCUCUCGGCAGCGUCGGCGGCCUUCAGCUCCAUGACUGCGACGCCUACCCCAACCGACAUCCAGGGCACCUUGUCGUCUGUGGCUUCAGUUGCUGGCGAGUCCGCUGCAUCAGUUGCCUCUGUCGUCGGCGAGAAUGCUUCUUCCGUUGCCUCGGUCGUUGGCGAGAACGCCUCUUCAGUUUACGACGCCGCGGGGAGCGCCAUCGGGGCUGCAGGUUCUGCUGUGUCGGACAAUUGGGAGGCGGUCGUCAGUGACCUCAGCUCGAGGGUGUACGGUGUCCCAGCCCCGACCCCGUGGUAUGAGGGUUUUUACAAUGCAGCUGGUGAGUACAUCGCUGCCGCCACGGACGCCGUGAAUCUUGGGACGGAAACAGAAAAGAAUGCUGCGGCCAAGGCGACGGAUGAGGCAGCAAAACAGUAUGCUGUCGUGAGUAGCAUUAUCUCCGAGCUGGUAGUGGGCCGUGAGCCAAGCUUAUCCGAGAGCGUCUUUUCACGAUUGGGCGACGCUUAUAAUAUGGCCAGCGCCACGGCCGCUAGCGUCGCUGGUGAGGCCACCGAUGCUGUCAAGAGCGCAGCUGAGGCCGGUAGGCAAAAGGUGGAACAGGUUAAGGAUGAGCUGUGA